CUCUCCACAAAAAUUGCCUUAACAAUCCCACUCAUGCUCCUCCUCUUCCUCCAAACAUCAGAAUGCACACUAAGAGAAGCAAGGAGGAGCCAUAUUAGACAGCAAGUGGGCAAUGAGCAUGAAACAGAGUGGAAACAGUACAAUAGUGGUAGGAGAAUCAUGGAUUCUGAGAAAAUAGUGGGCAGAAAGAUGAGAAUGAAACAUUAUGGUGAUGGUAGACCCGUAAUUGGCAUAUUUACUCAGCCUUAUAAUGAAACUAAUGAUCACAUCAUGGCAGCGUAUGUUAAGUUUGUCGAAAAUGCUGGAGCAAGAGCUGUACCUAUUGUCUGGAGAGACCCUGAUGAAGAUAUUCUUAGCUUAGUUUCAAAAAUUAAUGGGAUAAUUUUCCCUGGAGGUGGAACAGCUUUUAAAAAUGAAGAUGGAUCUCUGACUGAGCAUUCCAGAAAGGUAGAGCUUGUUCUUAACAAAGUUAAAGAGUUUAAUGACCAAGGUGUUUAUUAUCCAAUCUUGGGCAUUUGUAUGGGGAUGCAACAAAUCGCACAAAGUGAAGCUCCUUACAAAGACACUGUAGAGUUAUAUAAAUUUGAUUCUAAUGAUGAUGCAAAUAAUGUAACACUAUGGCAUUCUGUUACACAUUCCAAAUUGUUUAAUGUUAUUCCUAAUUACCUGAUUAAUGCUCUUCAGUCUGAAAACAUUACUUACAACCAUCAUCACGACGGUAUAUUCCCUUCAAUUUGGAACAAAUAUCCAAUCCUCAGGGACCACUAUUACCUUCUCGGCACCUCCUAUGAUGAAAAAGGCGUCGAAUACGUUGCUCUCAUCGAGUCCAAACACUACCCAAUCUGGGGUCUCCAAUUCCACCCAGAGAAGCCUCUCUACGACUGGAACCCUGAUCUCCAAAUUCCUCAUUCCCCUUCUGCUCUUCAGCUCAGUCAAUUCUUAUCUGACUUCUUCAUCAGACAAGCCAGCUACAACUCGAACAAAUUCGACUCCGCCCAGGAUGCCUUCGACCACACGAUAGAACAAGUUGCAGCCAGUCUUCCAAUGUACAGCCCUAAAGAGCUAUACAUCUUCAAUAUCUAA